AUGGGGAAACUCUGUUGGCUUCAGAUUUCGAUUGGUGGUAAGCCAGCAAAGGAGAAAAUUCUUCUAGAGCUGUUUGACGACAUUACACCAAAGACAUGUGCCAAUUUUCGGGCGCUUUGCACGGGCAAUGAGGGCAAAGUGACAGAUGAGACGCAAAUACCAAUGACAUACAAGGGCAGUACAUUUCAUCGGAUUAUCGCUGGCUUUAUGAUUCAGGGUGGCGACUUCACGAAGCAUAAUGGUACAGGCGGUGUGUCCAUUUAUGGCGAACGCUUUGAUGAUGAGAACUUUGAUGUACCUUGCGACAAGGCUGGUUUGCUUGCGAUGGCAAAUGCCGGACCAAACACCAACGGGUCCCAGUUUUUUAUCACUGUGAAUCCAGCGCAACACCUUACGGGUCGACAUGUUGUGUUUGGCAAGGUGGUUCGUGGGAUGAAUACCGUUCGGGCUCUGGAGCACACCGAAACUGGUGCGAAUGACAAGCCCGUAAAACCGUGCGUGAUAGUUGAUUGUGGGGUCACAGAUACACUUCCUGAGCCGGAGCCUCAGGUCGGGGGGGACACCUUCCCAGAUUACCCGGAGGAUUGCACUCCAUCACUGACAGAUGCAGAGCUUCUUGAUGUGGGGGAGGAGAUAAGGCAGAUUGGUAACAAAUUAUUUAAGGCAUCGGAUUUUGAAAACGCCAUACAGAAGUAUGAAAAGGCCGCACGGUUCGUAAAGACAAUUAACAAAACCACUGCAAACGAUGUGGCUGUUAAUGAGAAAUUGAUUGCCUGCUACAACAACACAGCUGCAUGUGCAAUAAAAUUGGGCCAGUGGUCAGAGGCGAGGAAUGCCGCGUCGAGGGUUCUUGAGUUGGACAAUUCCAACGCCAAGGCGUUGUUCCGCCGCGGAUUUGCCUCUCUCAGUGCGGGCGAUUCUGAAUCUGCCGUGGCAGACUUUACAAAGGCACAGAAGUUGGACCCUGAUAACACUGAAAUCGUGACAGUGCUUCAGCAGGCGAAGGAAGCAGAGAAGGUUCGUACCGCCAAAUUGGCUGCAGGAUUGAAGAAGAUGUUUUCGUGA